GAUGUACAGCAUUAUCUUACUAGCAGCAACUAAAAGCAGAAUUUAAAUAAGCAAUGCCUGAGAAGGCGAAAAUGAGGAUGAAGAUGUUCUGCUGAGUCCUGUCCUUCAUCCUCACUUCAGUUAGGAGGAAAUUAGGUUAGAAGCUGAUUUUUUUUCCCUUCUCAACACUACCUUUUCAGUGCUGAUCUCAGAUGUUGAGGUUGGCACUACCGCUGCAUCCUUGAUGUAGCCAUCUGUCUGAGAUGGACCCCAGAGACAGCAUUUAGCUGAAUGGCAUCUUUGAGUGAGCCCGAAGUCUUAGUCUUAUCACUGCUCCUCAGACUCAAGCAGCUGGCCAGUGCUUGUGCCCGGGCAGGAGCAACAUCUUUGGGAUGAGACGUCAGGAAAGCUGGUUUUUGCAAUAAUUGCUUGUAGCCCCUUGAGUUGCCUGGGCCUUGAUUCAGAGCUGGAAAUCUUAGUUCUGGUGUGUAAGUAUGAGCCCAUCCAGCUGAAAUGCUUUUGCUGCCGAUUGCCCUCAUGGCCACAAGCCACGGCUCCCAGUGGGAAUUCACCUCCCUGGCAGUGUAUUGCAGUCCCAUGUCAGUGAGAGCCAGAAAUGAGGCGCACGGAGUUAACUAUUUUUGCUUCAGCUGCAGGUGUGCAUCACCCCUAAUAGCAAGUGUGCCAACAGCUGGGGGUUUCAUUCAUCCUAUCCAGCAUGUGUGAGAACCACAGCCCUUCCAGAACCUCCUGAGCAAUCGUCUUCACCUUCUUGCCAGAAAUACACUCCCUUUCUGCAAACCAAGUAGCACCCAGCUAAACACCUCCAGGAAAUUAUGGAGCUGUAUGUCAUCCCUUCCAUGAGAAGUCUCACGGCUGAGGAGUAUGUAGAGGCCUUUCAGUCAUUUUUGGAUCACUCAACAGAGCACCAAUGCAUGGAUGAGUUCAACAAGGAAGUGAUGCCACACAUCAUGGCUGGUCUCGGCAAUGGAAAAUCGACUAUAAACAUUCUGGGAGUGGGGAGCGGCACAGGUGAACAGGAUCUAAAAAUGAUCCAGAUCCUGCAGGCUGCACACCCAGGGGUCCUUAUUAACAACGAAAUCAUAGAGCCCAACCCACAGCAUGUGGCUGCCUACAAAGAGCUGGUUAAUCGAGCUCCAGAUCUGCAGGGGGUCUCUUUUACUUGGCACCAGCUUACUUCCUCAGAGUAUGAACAACAGGUGAAAGAGAAAAACACACACAAGAAGUUCGACUUCAUCCAUAUGAUUCAGAUGCUGUACCGUGUAGAAGAUAUUCCUAACACCAUCAAGUUUUUCCACAGCUGUCUCAACCAUCAGGGUAAACUCCUGAUCAUAAUUCUGUCAGACAGCAGCGGUUGGGCCAGCUUAUGGAAGAAGUACAGGCAUUGCUUGCCUUCAACUGACAGUGGCCACUACAUCACUUCCGACAGCAUCACGGCAGUUCUGAGGAAGCUCAGCAUCAAGUACCACGUUUAUGAGUUCCCAUCGGGCUGGGACAUCACUGAGUGCUUCAUUGAGGGGGACCCAGCUGGAGGCCAUAUGAUGGAUUUCCUGACAGGGACAAAAAAUUUCCUGGGCACAGCACCAGCAGCUCUGCGGAGCCGUCUGCAGGAGGCUCUUUGCCAGCCUGAAUGCAGCAGCAGGAAGGAUGGGAGAGUCAUUUUCUGCAACAAUCUCAGUAUGAUCGUAGUGGAAUCCUAGAGCCUGGACCAACUUGCAGAGGUGAAGUAGGGCAAUGCAAUUGUAAGGCAAAGCAGAGAUGGGCAGGCAGUAGAGCAGGGCUCGUCCAUCCCAGUCUGGGAGGAUGGAGCAGCCUGUGAUGUCAAGGAUGAACUCUUUGUUCCUCUGAGCUCAAUGAAACCAAGAGUUCACCCUGCACUGUUCAGUAUUGGGAGAAUUUUUUUCAGAAUGUAAAAAACUGUAUUAUACUACAAGCCUGCAUGGAAAGUAUUUUAUCAUAGAAUUGUAGAAUUAUUUGAGAUGGAAGGGACCUUUAAAGGUCAUCUAGUCCCUGCAAUGAACAGGGACAUGCACAGAUAGAUCAGUUGCUCACAGCUCUGUCCAGACUGAUCUUGAAUUUCUUCAGGGAUGGGGCAUCCACCAUGUCUCUGGGCAACCUGUGCCAGUGCUUCACAACCCAUAUUGUAGAAAUCUUUUUCUUAUAUCUCAUCUAGAUCUCCCCUCUUUCAGUUUGAAAUCAUUUCCCUUUUUCCUAUUAUAUCAGAGCCUGCUAAAGAGGCUGACCCUUUCUUUCUCACAGACCCCUUUUAGAUACUGAAAGUCCACUCUCAGUUCUCCCCAGAACCUUCUCCAGGCUGAACGGCCCCAGCUCUGAGCCUGUCCACGUAGGAGAGGUGUUCCAUCCUUUGGAUCAUUUUUGAGGUCCUCCUCUGGAUGCACUCUGAAAGGUCCAUGUCUCUCC